CCGUUGGAUUGAGCUGAAAUUUUCAGAGGUUGUUCCCAACACUUAGGGCUUCAAUCUGUUCAAUUUUCACAUCAAUCGGAGCUACGGAUCUUCUGUAAUCGCAGCUGGUGCGACGCUGCGUUUUUGGGUGAUAAUCCUGAUUUUCCUUCUCUAUUGUUGAUGCCUCUUAUGUAUGUUGUUGUUGGUGGGCUGUGACAUCCUUGUAGACUGAGUUUGGGUGUUUUUACCCUCAAUUUGCAUAAUAAGAGAAGAAGAGGGCGGACUCCCUAUAAGUCCCGUGGUUUUUAUCCUUCACAUCGAAGGGGUUUUCCACGUAUAAAAAUCGUGUGUCGUUUGCAUCUUUGUUCUUCAUAUUUGGUUGUGGUUUAUUUGAUGUGUUGCUGAUUUUAUGUGCUUGGUUAAUCAAUAGUGGUGAAUUGGGUUAAGUGUUUGGUUGGUUGUCUUGAAGUUGAUCCUUGUAGCGUCCGAUCUCUCUCAUCCAUUCCCUUCCAUUGCGCGCCUUCAUACAAACCCUCUCCCCCCUUCCCCUAAUUUAUCAGGGUUCUUCUGCGGGCGCUCAUGGCAGACGGUCAGGCGCCGUUUCACUUCCCGGGCAGUCCCGGCGGUGGCAGCCACGAUAGCGGGGAGCAUAGUCCCGGCCCCAGGUCGAAUGUUCGGGAGCAGGAUAGGUUUCUCCCCAUCGCGAAUAUCAGCCGGAUCAUGAAGAAGGCCCUCCCAGCGAACGGGAAAAUUGCCAAGGAUGCGAAGGAUACCGUUCAGGAGUGUGUGUCAGAGUUCAUUAGCUUUGUCACCAGCGAGGCAAGCGACAAAUGCCAAAAGGAGAAAAGAAAGACCAUCAAUGGUGAUGAUCUGCUUUGGUCAAUGGCUACUUUAGGAUUUGAAGAUUACAUUGAGCCUCUCAAGGUGUAUCUUGCUCGAUACAGAGAGAUGGAGGGCGAUACAAAGGGAUCUGCCAAGGCUGCAGAAGGCUCUAACAGAGGUGCUGCGCAACCUAACCCUAACUUACAGGGACAACAUUUUGUGGUUCCAAUGCGAAGCAUGGAAUAGAGACGGCUUCUCUGGGCUUCGGCAUCACUCUUCUUUGCUGCCACAGGUUGUGUUCAUCUGAUCAGACUUAAGAAUACGUUUGGCUAACUCAUACCACUAGUGGAAGUUUUAAAGCCCUUCUUGUAUCAGAAACUCUCAAUUAUUUGUUAUUGCUCAGUAAAUGUAUUAGUGCGCAAACACAUCGUUUUUGUGACAAACCGUCGUUUGUUUUGGUCAUGUUGUCAAAACAAGUAAUCAUGUAACCUAAUCAAAUCAUUCUUUUGAGAUUGAAAUGUUUAA